AUGAACCUACACAACUCCUACAUUUCGCGCAUACUGGUCUGUUGCCCGCUUUCGGUAAUUUACAAUAUCACGAUCAUAUCAUGGAGGAACAGUGUUCGCCAGCAUGUAUCUCGAGCAACCUACUAUUGUCAUGCCAAAUAUCGCGCUCCCAAGGCCUCCGUCUUCGAUAAAACUCUCACCACAUUGAUCCAGGCCAAUUCCGCCAAUUCCAACAGUGUCCAGCUCAAUGACUCGGACACGGAUGUCCAGCCCGCACACCAACAUAUUCUCAAGCGUAGACGCAUUGACAGUGGCACACAUGCACUAUCCAAUGAUAACCAGAUCAUUCCAGCAGGUGAUGCACUCGAGGAACACAAUGACGUGCCUCAGGUCCAUCUGGAUGUGUUCGAACAUUACGAUAAACAGAUCAUUCCAGCAGGUGAUGCACUCGAGGAACGCAAUGAUGUGCAUCAGGUGACUUGGAUGUGCAUGCAGGGCAAGACAACUCAGACGGAUAUGCAGGGCAGGAUGACACUUCUGAGUUGCAGAAUCAUGAGGACUCCCAGGGACAUGACAGAGACAAGAACAUGCCACCCCAUGAGCCCGAGGAGGAAGAAAUUCAAGGGGGCACUAAUGAUGUUGACCCUCGAACAGACCAUACCGUCGGACUGA